AUGGCGCCCGCAGCAACCGGAGGCAAGAAGCAAAAGAAGAAGUGGUCCAAGGGCAAGGUCAAGGACAAGGCCCAGCACGCCGUCGUCCUCGACAAGGCCACCAACGACAAGCUUCAGAAGGAUGUCCAGUCCUACCGUCUGAUCACUGUCGCCACCCUUGUCGAUCGUCUCAAGAUCAACGGCAGCCUUGCCCGCCAGGCUCUCAACGACCUUGAGGCCAACGGUCAGAUCAAGAAGGUCGUCGGUCACUCCAGCCUCAGCAUCUACACCCGCGAAGUUACUGCCGAGUAA